GGAAAAAAGACAGAGGGCUAGGCAGUCGUCUCGAAUUUACCACCAUUCCUUUGGUAAUAUUCGUAUUUCUUCUUCUUUUUCGUUCUUCUUUUCCUUAAUUCUCCCUGAGCCGUCCUUCCGUCACCAUCAAGGUGACCGCCUCCCUCAGUAUGCGUCCCUUCUUCCUCCUUGCCAUCCCUCCCCUUGUCUUCCUCCUCUUCUGGAUCUCACACCGUCCACGCUUUGACCAGGCUUCCGCUCAUUGCAUCUCCGUGUCUGACUUUAAUCUCUCCUCCUCCCUCCCACGACUCGACUUUACCGCCCAAGGCGCGUCCCAUCGCGACUACUACGCUUCCGAAGCCGCACACGACCUCUGCGCCGCCCACGGAUACGAUGUCUUUAAGCCUGGUGCUGCACCCCGCUCCGGUGAGCGCAAAGUUUACGACCUCUUUAUGGUGAACACAGAGCUCGACUUUCUUGAGAUUCGUCUACGAACCCUCUACGACUAUGUCGACUACUUCAUCAUUGUUGAAUCCACGCGCAGCUUUCAAGGAGGAGAGAAAGAACUCCUCAUUCGCAACGCCUGGGACCAAUUCUCCGAUUUCCACGACAAGAUGAUAUAUCAUCAGCUGCAAUUUCCUGAGGACUUCAAACUCAAACUCAAGACAGCAUGGGACUACGAGAACUUUCAGCGUGAUGCCAUGCUCCUCCAAGUCUUCCCAUCUCUCAGUGGCCGAAAAGCCCCCGUCGAGGGUGACGCUAUCAUCGUGGCUGAUGUUGAUGAAAUUCCCCGCCCCGCCACCCUACUUGUCCUGCGAACAUGCGAGUUUCCCCGCUAUCUCACCCUCGCCUCCCGGUUCUACUAUUACUCGUUCCAAUUCCUUCAUAAGGGAGCCGAGUGGCAGCAUCCCCAGGCGACGUAUUUCGAGGGCAUGGACAAGACGAUCCGGCCGACGAAUCUUCGCAACGGCGACGAAGGCAUUUUCCUGCUGCGGGAGCUAGAAAAGGGCAUCUUGGGCAAUGCUGCGUGGCAUUGCAGCUCCUGCUUUGCAACCAUCGGCCAGUUCCUCAACAAGAUGACCAGCUUUUCACACAUAUGGAUGAAUGACAAGUCCUACCAGGAUCGCGACCGAAUCGCCGACGCUGUGCGCAGCGGCUCGGACCUCUGGGGUCGCUGGAGGGACCAAUUUAACCGCGUUGAGAACAAUAUGGACGUGCCGACGUUUCUGCUUGAAAAUAAGGAGCGAUUCCGGUACAUGUUGAACCGGGAUGGCGAGACGGCGGGUUUCAGCGACUAUCCGUGAUGAGGGUUUGCAACCGGCGUAAGGAGUAUAUAGAUAUAGAUUUGAGACAUAUGAAAUACCAAAUCACACGAUUAGUUGGGUAGCGGGAAGUGUUGAUUUAUCAAGAGGUUAGGGUGCCCUAGUACACACAUACCCAGAGGGGGGACUAGAAGCUCAACAGUAGUUAAUAUUGAUAUUUAUUUCAUACUA